UUUCGUAAACUGAAGUAAGGUAUAAUGAUGUAUACUUCCGCGUUUCCUCGAUUCGCAAGCCCUUUAAAGUUAUCGGGAUCGAGAUCCAAAUAUUAUUAAAACUUCCUUCUUCCGCUGGCUUCGCUCUCGAGCAGACGUACUUUUUUCAGACGAAGUAUAAAAUCGGAUUUAAUCGACUUGUUUUAUCGAAAGUUUUCGAUUUUUUUUGCGGUUCAAUACAUUAAACAGAUAAUAAAGGCACGUUGUGCAUUUCCUUGACACGUUGUGUGUGUUUUUUGAGGCACGUUGUGCAUUAUAUUGCAAAAUAAAUUGCAACAUGAAUGACUCGGAGAGUGACCCGUACGAAUCGGGACAAAACUCUGAGAGAUCCGAUAUCUCUGAUGAUAAUGAUAGUAAUCAGGAAACAGAGUUGCAUGACAACUCUGAUGUUAUUUCUUUAGAGGCAGAAUCUGAUGGAGAAAGAUUUGAUCCUACAGAAGGUGAGAAUUCAUUCUCGCUUGAUGGCAGCAUGGCUGCUUAUUGUCAGAAAUAUUUUUAUCAACAUCUGACAGAAGACAGCAUCAAACGUAACAUUUUAGAUGCUGCCCCUGUGCCUGCGAAUGCUUUCUGCACACCGCCCAAAGUUGAUGAUUUUGUGGAGGAUUUCAUAGAUUUUAAUGCUAUGAAAUUUUUGAAAAUGCAGGAUAAAAGCCUGACAUUUAUUCAAAAGAAAAUCGCUCAGAUUAUGGGGCCGUUGGCAAAAAUCUGGCAGGCUGUAGAUGGGGCACGGAAGGGUCAGGAAGAGAAUUCAGAGUUCACAGUUCUCGACAUGCUGAAACUGGUAGAACAAACAGUUGUUUUAGUUGGUCAAGCUAAUGCCACUUGUUUGUACGAGCGGCGUGUUAAUUUUCUGGCGAAAAUAAUGAAAGGUGUUAAGAAAGCGAAAGAACAUCUUAAGACUAAUGAGCAUGAUUUGAGUAGAGAGAAGGAUGUGCUCUAUGGUGAGACAGUAUUUAAGGCUCUUGACAGAAAGAGCAAAAGCAGAAAAAGAGCCAGAGAGAUCUCUAAAGAAAUGCAAUCAAAAAAGAGGCGCUUAGACCAGACAUCCCAACCGCCCUUUCGUGCAGGGCCCUCACGUGGGUAUGGAAAUCGUGGGGGCAGACAGUCUACAUGGAUGUCGAAACAAGGUAGUCAGAGUAACAGAAAACCUGUGCAGUCUAACUACAAGAUUCCAAAGAAACCAAGAUCAGGAGAAAACAGAGACAAGACUUAAAUGCUGUACCAGAUGAAGAUGGAUUAUAACAGCUGAAGGUCUGCUGGUGCCCAUGCAGGACAGACAGACAUUAUAUGACUCAACUUAUCAGCUGAUAUUAUUAUUUUUCAAAAUUUUGUUUAUAACUUCAACCAGAUAGUGACAUUCCACAAAAAUAUUACCUUGCAUCUUAUAUGUUUUAUAGAUGGAAUAAAGUCGUUUUGAUUUUGAUAACAAAUUGCGUAUUUAUUUAUCUGCUAGCAGAAGUCAGUCUUUGAUCGCUCGCCAUCGUCAGAAGGAAGUUUUAAUAAUAUUUGGAUCUCGAUCCCGAUAACUUUAAAGGGCUUGCGAAUCGAGGAAACGCGGAAGUAUACAUCAUUAUACCUUACU